CGCGAACAGUUGUUUAUCGCUGCAACGCAAACGCCAGCAAAAUAAUGGAGUGGUUAUUCCCAGUCCGGAAUUGCGUGCUCAGGCUCACCUCACGUUUCGCAAAAUGUAAACAAGCCUUCUGUUGCUGCUCGGUACAAAACUUGUUAAUCCCGAUCAGUAAUGUCUGCGAAAUUUAAUUUGGGAAAAAUGAAAGAAAGUAGUACUUUAUUUUUUCUAUGCGAUAUGCAGGAAAAGUUUCGUCCAGUCAUUUCUUUUUAUAAUGAAAUUUUACUUGUGGCAAAGCGAUUGGUAGAAGCGUCAAGUUGUUUGAACAUUCCACUGAUAGUUACAGAACAGUAUCCAAAAGGAUUAGGUAAAACGGUUGAAGAAUUGAAUGUUGAUCAUGCCACAUUGAGAGUUGAAAAGGAAGAUUUUACUAUGCUUGUACCUGAGGUUUUAGAAUUUUUAAGAAGUCAUGACCAAUACAGACAUAUUGUUCUUUUUGGAGUUGAGACUCAUGUUUGCAUACAGCAAACAGUGAUUGAUUUAUUGGAAAUUGGUUAUGACGUUCAUAUUGUUGCAGAUGCAUCCUCAUCCAGAAACCAGAUGGAUCGAAAAUUUGCUUUGCAGAGAUUUCAACAAAUUGGAGCAUUUGUCACCACAAGUGAGGGCGUUCUGUUUCAAUUGAUUGGUUCAAAAAAUCACCCAAAGUUUAAAGAAAUUCAAAACCUCAUAAAAGUCGUUGGCCCAACAUCUGGUUUAUUGCAAUAAGACAAUCAGGCAUUCGUUCUUAUUUUCAUACAGUUUCUAUUAAGC